AUGGCAGGCCCGACGCAGCGUCGAGGUCGUGACGCUUUCACCAAGACACCAUCACUGACUAGCGAUGACGGUACCCUCACAGACACCCCUCUCGCUGAUAAGUCCGUCGACGGCGACCUCGCACAGCCUGCACAAGUUCUUGAACGAGAGCCUAUGCAAGAUGCGUCCGUCUCUGAUGAGGUUGGACCACUUGGGGCCAACGUGAUUGAGGCUCUUAGGAUCGUCGGCAAGCUUGAGCAGCUCGGGUUGGACAAGCAAGAGAUCUCGCUACCCAAGUGCAUUGUCCUAGGACAACAAUCUACUGGUAAAUCGUCAGUCAUCGAAGCAAUCUCCGGUAUCAAAACUCCACGAGACACGGGUACCUGCACACGUACCCCGUUGUUCAUUGAGCUGCAGCCUGCAGCUGAUCCGCAUAGCGGCUGGCAUGCCGAGAUCCACUUGCUGCGGCAGUAUGACAUUCUUAUGGACCCGUGUCAAGAUGGCCAGGACAUAGAGUUCCCAGGUUGGAUACCAACUGCCACACCGGCACGGACAGCGUUUGCCCAGACCGACGACCCAGGACGUCUUGAGCACUUGAUCCGUUGUGCGCAACGCGCCACUCUGAGCCCUUUCCAGAACCCAGGGUCGUUUCUUGAUCCUACUUUCGACGAUCGCGGUAUCCACAAGACGCUCUUCAGCCCCAACAUCGUCUGCAUUGCAGUCUCGAAGCCCGGUCUACCGCCGUUGAGUUUCUACGACCUGCCCGGCAUGAUCGGCCAGGCCGAGACCGAGGAGGAAGAAUUCACUGUUCCACUGGUUGAGAGACUCGUUACCAAGUUCAUCAAGGACCCGGAAGCGCUGGUUCUUGUUACCUGCGCAUUGGAAAACGACAUUGCAAACUCGAUUGCCGCUGGGCUAGCAAGGAAGCUCAAAGUCACCGAUAGAUGCAUGGGCGUACUCACGAAACCGGAUCGGCUCCCUCAGGGCUCCUCCUCCGGCGAUCUGGCAAGCGUGCUGGAGAACCGCCGCUUCCAGCUCGGUCACAGAUACUUUGUGGUGAAGAACCUGGACUCUGAUGAGAUCCAACAAGGCCUGACGCACCAGGAUGCCCGCAGACUGGAGCGAGAGUUCUUCGCGACAGUCGCGCCUUGGUCGACCGACUUGCAACCAUACCAAUCACGCUUUGGCACUGUCAACAUGCAACAGUACCUCUCGACCGAACUUGGCAACCGCGUGCUGUCUAAGCUCCCGGUCAUACGUCGUCAGAUCGAGGCUCGUCUCGCAACGGUGGAGGACGAGCUGAGUCGUAUUCCGGACACGCCGCUACAUACUGCGGCUCGCACAGUCGCUGACAUAGUGCAAGCUUUUGCCAACGAGAUGCGCAGCGAGAUGGCAGGUGACCACGGCUCCAUGACAUGGAGCAAUGCUUGGGAGGAGAUUCAGCAGACGUUCUGGGACAUGAUGCUGGAGCUCAAGCCUACCAUGUCAAUACGCGGCAAGCUGGAUGAGGGCCUUUUCCUCACUACGCUCCUAGGCCGUUCCGCAGACGAAUGCAUUGUUCUCGAUUCGGAUGACGAUGUGGAGACAUCGGAUCUCCCAGAAACACCCAGUAAGAAGCGAAAACACGACGCACGACCCAAGCGUGAGCUGCAAACUCCAGCGCAUACUCCAUUGCCAUCUCGAACUCCGAGGGCGCCCGCAAGCAGAACUUCGCGUCAGCUGUUCCCCAACGCAUCACCAUCCAACCGAUCCAACGACAUGACAAGACUGAGGAAGCAGUUCAAAUUGGAUGAUGUUACUCGACACAUCUCCCAGCACUCGAAGAGCAGGGUCCCGGGGCAGAUGAACCCAAAAGUCCGCGAGGAUAUGAUGUUGUCUGCCCUCGCGCAUUGGCCUCGCGUUGUCAGCGAAUUCUUCAAAGAGCUCGAGCACCAACUGAAGCUGCGCGUAAAAGUUCUUUUCGACCGACAUUUCAGUGCAUGGAAGGGUUCCGGGCUCUACGCCAAAUCGCUCGCCAUUGUCGAGAGCCUUUUGGACAGCAACAUCCAUGAGCAGCGGACAACCAUGGCAGCUGAGAGCCUGAUUGACGAGCGAGAUGGUCCUCACAUCUUCCACAAAGAUAUCUUCAAGAAGGACAAAGCCGCCGUCAUGGAUCGGUACAGGCAAGCACGCGCUGACGCGCGCUUCAAAGUCUUCGUCAACGAAGCCGAAGCCCACUAUGAGAAAACAUACACACCAGCGGAUAAAGAGAAGAUCCGCAAGGAUGACAGGAAGAUGGCGCUUAUCAAAGAGGAGCCAUACACACACGAGGUUGAUCUGGUCGCCGAUAUUUCAACCUACUACAUGAUCGCAGCCCGCCGCUUUCACGAUUCCGUCACCAUGCGCAUCGAGUCCAAGUUCUUCAAACAGCUUCGUGAGAAGCUGCGCGACCAGCUGCAGGACGAGCUUGGCAUCUACGACGAGCAUGAGGGCCCCUACAAUGCCCAGCGCUUACUGGCCGAGUCAGCUGAGCGUCUGGCUCGUCGAAACGCCCUUGUCGCGAAGAAGAAGGCGCUUCUCGAAGGCCUGCAAUGCUUUAGUGACCAUCUGCAGCAGUUCGAGGCAAACCACGGGUCCAUGCCAGCUGGGGGUAGCUUUUCCAACUAUCAGCGCCCAUCCGUAUCUACUGCACCAGCAGAUGAGAUGGACGGCGUCAGCGGAAACGGUCUGCCUAUACGCUGA